UCGAAACUGCAACGUUACAACAAUUCUUCGAAGACAUAUCUCUAAUGUUUACCCCAGAAGAGACGCAAAAUGUUGUGCAAUCUUUGAAAAAGAUCUAUGGGGGGAAAUUUAAUUCGUUGAACAAGCAAGAUCUGUUGAAAUGUUUACAACUUCUUGCAAAGCAAGAAUAUGUAUCAAACAACAAGCUGAAACUCGUAGAGGACUUCAUUGCUCCGAAAUCCAACCAAGAAGGGCGCAUUAAGGAGGCACUGAAAAGUUUCGAGGCCUCUCGUCUGGUGAAAUCUGACUCAGAAAAGGAAUUAAAAGGACGGAACGAUGAAAUUAAGCAUAUUAACAAAAAACUGGAAUCAAAAGAUACUGCAGUUGUGAACUUGUUUGGGUCGUCCGGGGUAGGAAAAACAGAACUUGCUAAAGAAGUUUGUUCAAAAUGGCCAGGGAUUUCUCGUAUUUUUGAUCUGAGGGAGGGAAAGGAUAUGAAAGCGAUCUAUUACAACAUGCUUCAUUCCCUUGACUUAGCUGUUCCAGCCGGUCGUGUAGAACGAUUGCAAGAGUAUGUCGUAGCAAAGGUUCAAAAGAAAGUGAAAGAGCUGAAAGAUGAGGAACAUGCUGUUCUUUUCAUGCUGGAUAAUGUGGACCAGUUUACCGCAGGGAAAAAAGAAGAGGGGGAAAAGUUAAAAGAAGCGCUCUUAAGCUUUUUAGAAGAGCUUUUAAAAAGUGAAGAAAAAAGAUCUCCUUUAAAACUGCUUCUUACUUCACGGACUAAGGUAGGAGAGCCUAAAAAGGUGGAUGAUUUUGAGGUUAAGUCCCUUGAGACAUCUUUUUCAGAGAAAAUCCUCAUCACUGAGGGAAUGAAGGAUGUCAAACCCCACCAGAAGGAUAAUUUAAUCAGAAUUUGCAAAGGAUUUCCUCUUAUUCUCAAAGGACUGGCUGCUAUUUUGAGACAGGAGCGGACAUCUGUUGACGAUCUCAUUGCAAGAGUUACUGCCUCCUCAAAGCAACCUGAAGGAGAGGGGGUGGCAAGAGAAAGCCUACUCACUUUUGAACAAGAAGGAGUGGACAUGGGUCAGCUGUCUGUGAUUCGAGAAAUGUUUGAUACACUUCCAACGGAGAGUUUAAAGGUAUCUGCAGUGGUGAUUUCCUUGUUUUGUGGACCUUUCUCUUUGAAAACAGCAGCCAAGGUUCUUGGUUUUGAUGAGGUGGAAGCCAUUGCUCUGUUAGAGGGACUUGUAGCCAGUCAAAUAACUUUUGUGGUCGAUGAAGAAGCAAAAGAGAGGAAGUAUGACAUUCACCCUCUCUUACAGAAGUAUGCUGACAGCAUCAAGAAUCAUGAAAACUUUGCUGCAUCCCACCUGGAGGGAAAAGAACGCUUCUAUGAACUCUUCAUGUCAAGAAUGAAGAAAAUCGCACAACUCAUAGAGCCAGAUUAUGUCAGAGCAUUCCAUUUGUUUGAAAGUGACAAAGCCAAUUACGAGUUCACUGUUGACAUCUCCUUGCAACCGGAAUAUUUCAAUGUUCCAGCUGAAUUCCAUGAAAAUGCCUUGAUUGCAUCUCUCUUCAUUGCAAUGCUGCACGAGAAACUAAUCCCAGUCUUUAGUUCUUGGGCUGCGAAAUGGCACAAUGAUGGAAAAUCAGCUUUGACUCUCUCUGAGCCUCUACUAAAGGAACAUACUGAUCUUGCAAGGUGCUACAAUGCUAUCGGAAACUGCCAUCUCAGUCUGAAACAGCCCAUAAAAGCGCUUGAGUUCUUUGAAAAAGCCUACAACAUGCAAGAGAAAUUAGCAGACUCUAAUAACCACUUUGACAUGCCAAUGUACAAGCAUCAGAUUGGAGCAGCGUAUGAUCAUGAUGGCCUGAAAGAUUAUGAAAAGGCGGUUGAAUGUUACAAAGAUGCACUGAGACUGCUGGAAGAUCUCAAUCUCCUAGGUUGUUUGGAUGAAGCACACUUCUGUAGAAAUCUUGCAAAUGUGCUUAUGUUCAAAAGAAAAUAUUCAGAAGCAGUCAAACCUGCGGAGAGGGCUCUCAAAAUAAGGAUGGAUAUUCUAAAAAAUCAUCCUCUGACAGUGCGUAGUAUUUUUCAGCGUGCAGUUCUUGAAGUUAAUCUUGAACACCCGGAUGAGGCGUUGAAGCUUUUCCUUGAAGCAUGGAAGAUGGAAAAGUCACUCGGAGCAGGAAACCACAGUGAAGUGUGGCGAAAGAUUAUUGAAGGUGUAAACGCUAUGAGUUAUCGCCUGAAAGACAAACGAGGAUGGGAAAGAUUUAGGAAAGAUGCCUUCAGGUUUUGUCAGCGAUUCUGGGGAGAACAGAAAGUAUCUGCAUUGUUCACCUUCAAUGAGUAUAACAAAGAAAUCAUUGAUGCGCUAAAGGAGUAUGCUAUUGAUAAGAAAGACAAACAUGCGGUGGGUAAGGAUCAACUUUGGUUCUACGAGGGAAUGUUCAGUGCAAACGAGAAAGAGUUUCAAGAGAAGUUUGAUUUGGAAACUGAUAAUGAUGCUCUCAUUGAUCUGCUGAAUGGACGAGAGAGGCUCUUGAAUGAGGUAAUAGGACUUUGUUCUGAACUUCACGAACGUGAGAAGCUUGCAAAACACCAAAAGGACAAGGUGGCUUUGUACAAAAUGUGUCUGGUCAAAAAAGGUUUCCGUGGUAAUGAGGGUGAUGGGUCAGAUAAAACUUCACUAAAAUCGAAAGUGGAACAACUCUACAAAGAGACAGGGCAAGAGCGAAUGAUAAUAGAAUUCCGUGAGACAUUGUUGGCUGUUUGGCAAAGGCGGUGGGAUGAAGGAAAAACCAAAGAAAUGACCAAGAUAAUCGGCGUUGAAAAGGAGAAGACAAUCGAUGGAAUUCUCCAGUUGAGCAAAGAGCUUAGAAAAGUAAAUUUAUACAAACAGUAUGGACAAGAAGCGUUGAGUUUUUAUGAUGAAUUAUGGGAAGUGGAGCAUGCUACAAUGAAGAAUCCUGAAAUGAAGAGGUUCCUUCUUAAAGUAAAGAAAUUGGCGUCGUCCAUCGGUGACUACAGGAGUGAAAAAAUUUAUGAAGAUGCAUUACAGGUAGGACUUAAGUCAUACCCUAAUCCACAAAGUGGAGCUUCAGGAACCGUGGCUAUAUCAAGUCAAGGUAUCCAAGAAGGUGGUGAGGAGCUGGUAGCAACUGGAACUUCAGGAAGAACAGUUCUGGGCUCACAGGGUACCCAACCAGAAAGCCAGGAGACAGUAGUAAGAACAGUUCCUAGUGAAAGUGAAGAAGCACCUGAAAGAGGAAUUGCACUGGAUUUCGAUGACAAUACCUUACAAGAUAUAGUGAGUAAAGAGAUAGCAGAUGGACACAGUGCACAGUUGGCUUAUGAAAGGGCUUUGAAAGAUGGAUAUGUAAAAGUUUACCGUGGCCGAAUCAUGCUGAUUGGUCAGGAUCGUGCUGGUAAAACCAGUCUGAAGAAGAGUCUUUUAGGCCUUCCAUUUGACCCUAAAGAACACAGUACUGAGGGGAUUGAAGUGGAUCCUUCAAAGUGUGAAAUUGAUGUUGAUCAAGUUAGAAAUUGGCAAUCCACCAACGAGAACAAACCAGGACUGUUAGAAUGUGCUAAAGAUGUCGCAGAGAUUGUUGCAGAGAAAUUGGUAGUGCUGAGAAGAAAUUUUGAAGAUAUUUCAGGAGAAGAAGAUUCAGAAGAUGGUUCAAUGGAAGAAUACUUUUCUGAUGUUGAGACAGACAGUGACACAAAUGGCCACUUAAAUAACUCAGAUAUUUCCUCACCGUCAAGGAAAUCAAAGGGAACCCUUUUGCUGAACAAAAGGGGUGAUCAUUUCCAGGAGUCCAAACAUGAAAACUUACCAAAUGAACCUGAGGUACAGAUUGAUGCUUCUUCGCCUCCAGAUGACAUCAUAAAACAUCUUAAUCAGUGGCUAGAGUAUGCCAGAGGUAGAGUUGAUAUCAACAAAGAAAUUGUCCUUAGUUUAGAACUAUGGGAUUUUGCAGGGCAGCAUAUGUAUUAUGCCAGUCACCCUAUCUUUCUAUCAUCUCGAGCAGUGUACAUAUUGGUACACAAUCUUAGUAAGCCGUUAGAUGCCCUAGCUGAGCCUUGCAUGAGACAAGGAACAAUUGAUGUCAAACUGGAAAACUCUAACAAUGAAACAAAUAUAGAGAACUUGUUGUCAUGGCUGGCCACGGUUCACAGUGUUGCCCAAGCACCACAAAAUGACGACAUAGAUGAUGAUUCACGACACAAACUGCCCUACCUCCACCCUCCAGUGCUCAUUGUUGGCACACAUGCCGACAAACCAGUUGAUGACAUUGCAGUGAUGAAAAAACAAAUCCAGGAGAGAAUUUGCGGGAAGGAAUAUGAGAAGCAUGUGGUGCGGCCUCUCUACUGCGUUGACAACACAAGACCAUCUUCAAGACAGCCAGAUAAUGAAAUUAAUGCUGAUAACAGCUGUGGAGAUGCAAUUGAAUCACUGCAAAACAGAAUCAUGGAAGUGUUAAGAGAGGAACCCUACAUGGAAGAGAAAGUUCCUAUUAGGUGGUUCCUGUUUGAAAAGGUGAUUGAAGCUUUGGUGGCCAAACAGAUUUACUACAGAAAUUUGCAACAACUCGAAGACUAUGCAAUGAAAGGGUGUUUCAUGGAAGAUUCAAAUGAAUUUGACUCCAUGAUCAGUUUCUACCUUGGCCUGGGGAUGAUAAUCAAGCACCGCAGUACAGUUGUACUGAAGGCUCAGUGGUUGAUUGAUCUAUUCAAGCAACUGAUAACCAUUCCACGUUAUGACGAUGUGGCUCCUAUUUAUUCUAAAUCCUGGCGGAAACUCGAGAGAGAGGGUAUUCUCAGCACAGAACUUGUGGAUCAUGUCUUCUCCAGGUUUAUUAAAGAAAGUUUUAUCAAAGAAGACAUCUUAAACAUGAUGGAGAAAUUUGGUUUGAUUUCAAAGUUCACCCUCAAUUCAACUGAUGUGAAAUACUUUGUACCAGCACAACUGAAGUCAUCACCUGAAGACCUCCUUAAAAUGAAACCAUCACCAACAGAUCCAUGUCCAUUGUAUAUCCACUUUGUGCAUGGCUUUGUUCCUCAUGGUCUCUUCUUGCAGCUUCUUUCGCGAGCCAUUCGUUGGUGUUCUGAGACAUGGCCCAUGCAGGGUCCAAAGCUGUACCAGAAUGGAGCUUGGUGCAUUAUUGGGAAACAAGCGCAUGACUUGAUUCUCGUUUGUAGGAUGAGUUUCAUCAAGAUCACUGUGAGACAGAGAGAGAAACAUUUUCAAAAGGCCUCAGUGGAAAAACAGCAAGAAGUGGCCACACUUGUGCGUGAGUUUGUGGAACAAACUUUACAGCAAUUGCCACAAGAGCUGCCAUACCUUAUUGGAAUGCAGUACGAGAUGUGUGUGGCAUGUCCCUAUUGUCAUCCAGAGUCAGAAGAGGAUAGCCAGGAGUGUGCAAUCCAUGGAAAAGUCUCCUGCACAGAUGAGGAUUGCUUUCACCUACUCAAGAUAGAAGAAGACCCAGCAUUGAUUUGUUUAAAGAAAGUUUGCUUUGAAGAACAUACUGUCCUUGGAAUGGAGAGGUGGUUUAUGGAGGGAGAAAGCCAGGUACAAUUUAACGUACAAAGUUGGUGAUAAUUAUCAUGGU